CACAGCGGAGGUGGUAUGCAUGCUAGCAGUUCGGCAGGCGCUGAACACGGGAAGGAAGGAGGCAGGGGACUCGAUUAGCGGUGCUGCUGCUGUAGUAGUAGCCACACGCUGCCAGUUGGUGCAAGUCACACUGCCGCAGUCUUGAUGCCAGCAUGUGAUUACUGGGCGGGGAGUUAAUGUUUGGUGGCAUUGCAGCUGAGGAGGGGGGCGGUAAACAUUAAGUAAUAUAUCAUAUAGCUCGAAGCGGCAAAUGAAUCACAGUGCGCAGAUGUAAACCGGGAAAAAAGUGGCGGACGAAUUUGCUGCGAGUGGCCCAAGAUACACAUCAAAGCGGAAAAAAGUGACGGGAAUCAACGGAUAUUUUUUUCCGAUUCCGGUCAAUGGAGACGGCGUCUCUUUCCUCUGCUCCUUGAGUAGAGAUACCCCUAAGGAGUGGACGUAGGAUGCGGGAUAAAUGGUUUCACCCCUGGUUACAGAUGGGACAACUCAUGUGAGGAAUUAUCAUUCUCCCCUACAGGGUGUAAAUACCUUUUCUGGAUUACCUGUGGACUAAGGUUAUCUUGAGUGGAAUGUCUUCAUUAAGUGAGGUACUUGUGAUUUUGCCUCUUAAUAAUGUUUAAAGCAUUGAGAGUUCAUGUGUGAAUCCUCGAAUGCCAGUCUUGCUAUUGGGAAUCAAUCGGCGCUGCUAUAAAUUGAUCUUGUAUGGAUACUCUUCUUCAACAGCUGUGAUUGUGCUUUUUGUUCGGGAGGUUGAUCAAACGGGAUUACAUUCGUGAAUAGGAUACACUUCUUAUUACUUAAUUAUAAAUUCAAAGGCACUGGAGCGUGUGUAUGGAGCACUAGGUUAUUGGACUGGAAAAUCGAAAAAAGGCACCUUAGGAGUUGCUUAAUUUCUUCGAUUCUUUUUACUCAAAGCGUUUUCAAGUUUUCAAAUUAAAUAUCCUCUAAGUGUUUUUCUGUCUCAUUAUUCCCUGGUAAAGCAGUGGAGGAGACAGUUACAAUCAAAGAGUCAGUCGUGGAGAAAAUCAAAAUCCUAUAUUGACCUGUUUGGAUUUUUCCAAGCUGCAGAAACAGUUUUUCAUUGUUUGCAACUGUGUCUUAUUUCAUUCUAUCAUCGGAAGAGCAGACUUUUGUCUUAGGUAAUUGAUGAAAAAUCUGGCUGAUUUCGAUUGAGUUCUUACUCCUUUUAUUGGAUUUGGCAAAUCAUCAAGAAUAAAGCUUCCUUGUAUUUUGGAAAACAUAUAACAAGAGUCCAGGAGGAAUUGAUCGCCUGGAUUCUGUGGUGUGUACUACUCCCUUUAAAUUGAUGGAAGUGCGAUAGGAGAUGUGCACCAAGAGAAGCCCAUACUAAACCAUCGGAUUACAGAUGCUUUGGAAUUACACUAUGCGUGACUCCGCAUUUUCUCGAUGAGAAACAUAACGGAAUGAUAUUCCACUAUUUGCAAAGGCAGAACAAAAAGACGGCGCUAGAUAAAACGACGGUGCUAAAUGUAUGUUUGAAAACAAACGGGAAGCACGGCUCUGUUCUAUAAACUGUGCCCGUAUCUAAAGGAAUACGCUGGUAUUGUUAUAUCAAGUGGCUUCUUUGCAAGGAAGUAGUUCAUUUACAGGCGCAAACGUCCAGAGCGGAACGCUAUUUUACACACAUCCCCCGUGGAAGCUUUUCAUGGAAAGCAUGGACGCCUUAGUAUGUUGUGAGUAGAUCAAUAAUCUACAAUCGAGACGGGUUUGUCACUGCAGUUGUAUACAUGCGCCAGUUCUUUGAAUCCUGGUAGCAGGAUAUUACGAACCAAUAGAACGGGUGAAUUUGUCGAUCGACAUUUGCUGGUGAAGUGCAGGGUCCUAUAAAUUUGUGAGCUGGGGCAGGAGUCAAUGAGUUACUGACACGAUCAAAAUCUUUGCUCUCAGUUUACCAGCGCAAUUGUGAUUUAUCGUAUCAGAGGACUACUUGUCUGCCCAUUGUGGUUGUUUUGAAUUUAAUUAAACGUUCAUGCUUGGGUUUGGUUAUUACUGAAAACAUUUGGUGUCUCGAAGCUGAAUUACAUAAAGGUCAUAUAAAUGCUAAAAUACUAUCAUCACAACUGAUAUUAAAUGAACUGGAUUUUAAUUAGAUAUAAAUCUUCCUCACUGAGAAGGCAUGUCAGCUUGAACUAUAAGCCACAGAUUAAUGUAUUUCACAUAGCUUUUGUGUAGAGUUUCUGCAUACUAAAUGUGAUCGGAACCCUGAUCUCUGACAACAGGCAUUUUGUGAUUAUUCGUGUUUCAUUUACGGUACAACAAAUGUGAACAUAAAAUGCUGGAUGCAAUGCUUAGUAUUCUAUAUUGCGGAAACCCAUUCGGGUAUUUAUAGUUUUCUUGCAAUAAAAACACCAUCCGCUAAGCACGUUGAUAUACUGCAGAAUACCACACAUCAAUUGACAACAGUCCCCUAAAUUACAUCAGUCGAUUGUUGCCAAGUUUACAGGAUAGUGUAUUGCAGGACUUUGUCGUUUACGACUGGAUCUCGUGGCGUGUGUGAUAUUUGUUUGCAGUUUUGCUUUUCCUCUUUUCUUAUUUGCUAUAAAAACAAGCAGGUCUUGUUAAAGGAAAUGGAUUUGGCACGAAGAUGGAUUUUCACGUUUUCCUAAUAGGAUUUCCCUCCUAAGGGACACUUGCGAAAGGAUGUGUGAGGAUACUGUACACGUUCUAUCUCAAUAAAAGAAGUAUAUAUAUUACCAACACAUACAUUUAAAAGUGGUAUAAGGAUUCAGGAGGCCGGUUUUAUAUACGCUAGUACAGUUUGUAUUAUCGAUGGUGGUUUAAUCACUCCAUGAUGAUCUUCAUAUGUCAUAGAAGCUGUUUGGUACCUAAGAAAAAAGACUUGUCACAACAGUGAUAUAUGAGGACUCUAAGGUGACCGCUUGACCACUCCGGAAAACCAUUCCGAGUACCAGCUAUUCUACAUAUGCCUCAUCAACAGUCGUCAAUUAUAUGUAAAUGGAUGUAUAUUGUCCCUUCUAUCAUGUGCCACAUUACCGGCAGGGGGUAAUUGCAUACAACUAAAUGGUAGAUGCGAGGCAGUGGACAGCUUCGUUGCAGCCAAAUGUGAAUCAAGUGUAAAGCAGCAGGAGGAAUAAUCACCUAUCGUAUCGAUAAUUUAAAAUGGACAUCCGUUAAGCAAGCAUUAUCCAUUAUCGGAAAUCUUCAAACUGGUAUUUAAUAUCGUACCUAAAAGAUUUUAUAGCCAGUGCUCUACUUAGUUUGUGCUAGUCUACCCCUGUGUACUUGUACAGAUGUCAAAGGAGCUGAUCUUCAUUACGUGUGUCUGUGGCCAUACCAAACCCCCAGUGAUCUUUGAGUUUGUGUGUUACACCGUUCUGCCAUUAUCAUCACGGAUCAUUGUACCGCAGGGGACGACUAGGCAGUGAAUCAACACUCCUCACCCUUGCCUUGCAACUAAUUCACUACUGUCUAUGCAUUCAGGAAAUCGAGGAAAAUGUAAUGAAGGCUUGCCAGUGAUGUGUUUUAAACAGCCAACCUGAUUUUCUGGAUGAUUUCAUUUCUGUUUAUAAAAGUGCCGUCUUUGGAUUACAAUGUUAGAUUCUGUUUCUCAAGCGUCCGCUACCCUCUUCAUGACCGUAUGUCUCUGGGCAGUUGGGAGGACGGAUCCUGAAAUCCGAAUCAUCGAGCCUGAGUUUAAUGAUGUUCCGGAGAGUCUAACAUAUAGUAAAGGAGAAACAGCCAGAUUAUUUUGCUCUGUAAGCAAUCUUGGAGAACGAACGAUUGUGUGGAGGAAAGUACCAAAUCCUCACCCUGUUACAAUUGGAACACGGACGUGGACGGAAGAUAUGAGGUUUCACGUUGACCACGUACCAUUGAGUAAUCAGUGGAACUUAAUGAUACAAAACGUCACCCCGGAUGACACGGGAAAAUACGAGUGCCAAAUAAGCAUGAGGAAGAAAAAACUUAGACAACAUAUAUAUCUAAAAGUAAAAGAUGUUCCAGUUAAAAGACAUCCAGAUUUUUAUGUUUCAGAUAUACAUAUCAGUGGAACAUCGUACGUUGAAAAAGGAGACCAUAUUGGUUUAUUUUGUAACGCAAGUUUCAUUGGAAGUAAUACUUAUAACUUGGAGUGGUUUAAGGAUGGUGACCUGUUUCUUUCACACGAACCACGAAUAUCAGUGUUGACUUUUGGUGGCCCUCCGAGUGAACGGAGGAGCAGUUUACUGGAAAUAAGAAAUUCUAGACCUUCAGAUUCGGGGACAUACGUGUGUCGUUCGCCUGAAAUGCUGAAAACCACAUCUGUCCAAGUUCACGUUAUGAACGCAGGCUCAAAUAACGUGAAAAGAGCCGGAUCGAUGGGACUGGAGAGUCGCGCCGUCGGUCUUCUUCCUCGAGAUCUCUACCUUCUCCUCAGCGUCAUCACUAUUUUAAAUGCCCACUGGAUUAUAUCCUGAGGCUUUCUCGUACACACUUUGGCAAGACGCACUUUGCCAGGGAGGAUUCUCCUCAACAAUUAUUGGUUCAACACGGGUACACAUACAAAACUACUGAUAACUGUCAUGCAAAUAACAAAACUGCAGGAUGGUACACUGUGCAUGUAAUACUUAGAAGAAGACGAACGAUUGCAGAUGAAGAAGUUGAUUGAUCUCCUCUUGAUCCUACGGAUACCACUCGAGUGUAGUGUGAAGACUUUGUGGUAAAAGUGAAAAUAAUGGAAACAUAUUGUGAAGUAUUCCAAGUUAAAACGAGGCGUUAUAACGACGUCUUAGUUCUUGAUAAUGAAUAGAAACGUAAUGUCUUUAAAGAUUGAUGACAUAUUGGACGUUAAAAAACAAUAUUGUUUUCGACUUCAUAUAAAUACCAGAUUUGUAAUCACCACAUAUUAUUUUGCGAAUUGAUAUUUCGUAUCAUGUCAAGAUCUUGAGGCAGCGAAAUAUAAUGAUAACAAUACACCAUCUUCGACAAUAUUCAAAUACUGUUUCAGAUGAUAUCAAGUUAAACCAGAAGAGUAAUAAAUAAUAUUCUUUUACAUUUUCUUGAAAUCCGAAGCGUGUCCGUAAGCAAUGCUGAAGAAGGGUAUCAGUACUUAUUGCAUUAAACAAAAUGUCAUUUGAUCAUAUGACUGACGUUAGAGUAGUUGUAAUAACUACUCGCGGUGGUGGAUCAAAGAAUAAAUGAACAGAGCCAGACAGCGAAAAGUAAAACUCUAGGGUCCCCAACCAUUGAUUGUACUUGUACAGUGGGACACCGCCGGGAGGGCCUUAUUGAGAUUACCAUGGAACCACAUCUAUGCAUUUACAUGUAAACUGGUGAUACAAAUUGCUUUUAUUGAUCCAAGAACAUAGUUACUACGCAGAGUGUCAGGUCUUUGUCUGAAUUUGCAUCGAAACACAAGGACGAAGGGCUGGAACAGAACCCUCUGUUCAUAUUCGGAAUUUCUGACAUGGAAGGUUUUUCGUUGAUGUUUCUAAUGACCUUUUGCUUUAAUGCAGGGUCACUGUUAUUUACAUUAUAGUGCUCCGAGGAAUCGUUAGGGGCCAGAGAGUCAUGCGUUGGUCACCCUUCAAACAAUGGCAUGACGCCAAGACGUGCUUAAAGAGGACGUUUGCCUAUUUAGGCACAUUUGUGUGAACUUUUAUGAGUGUUGAAUAUUUCAUACAAACGGCCUCUCAUAUAUUUUCCAUGACAUCAGUCAGUACUGCUAUACUAUUCAUUAUGAAAAACAUUUCCGAGAUGAUGAGUUUUGAUAUACAUUUGUCAAAUUUGUGUGUAUUCAACAUUGAGAUAACAUGUUUAUAUUGGGUAUAUACAUUGUACAUAAAUGAUACUCAUCUGUUAUACAGGAAUCAUUUCAUGCCAUUUUACAUCAUUUCCGUCAGAUUCAUUGUCAUAAUCUUCAAUAUGGACGAUAAUGCACCUAUCGUCAUUAUGAAAAGAAAAUUCACCAUCCAGUGUCAACUCGAUCAUCAUAAUGUUAUAAAACGUUGCCUGAACACAUUGGUUGUAUUACUAUGAUCAAACAGGAAGAGGACGACGAUGUCUAAACAAGAUAUCUCGUUUUCUUUUCUUUGUUAUCCACCUGCAGUUCACUACAUGUGUGUACAUGUAUUCUCCGAAAGCCCGUACGUUAUUGCAACCUGCAGCUGUUUGUCAUUUUAACUUAUUUUCAAAAUUUUAGAUUUGGUUACUACUACAAUUGAUGUCAUUUAUAUAGUAACGGAUGUCUGUAUGUGUAUGUAUUCCAAUGGUCGAUGAAGUACGAACUAAAGUAUUAAUAAACAAAACUCUAUCCUCAGCAGUUUCGUUGUUGCACUCUCUAUACUAAAUAGAAAGUACUAUUAUUAUUGAUAUUCGGAAUCAUCCAUUAUUAUCUUGGUUUGCAUUAAUUUGGAUAUAGAAUCGAACACAAAAAGUCAAUAGUUGUAUUUUUGACAAUUUAAAACUGAUAAGCAGUGCAAUAUCUACUAAUGAUUCCGUUUUUAAACUGAUUUGUGCAUCCAGGUUCUAAAUAUGAAGCCGAUAUCAGAACCUAUACACCGUCGUUUUAAUUCAGUAACAAACAUGCAAAAUCAAAUUUCUCACAUCAAUUGCAGGUACGAGUCACAAUGCCAGUUACAGCAUCAAACAUCAAAUCCGAAAGAACCCAGGGAUUGUUUUAUCUAUUGUUUAGACCAUGACCUGACAUGGAUACUCAUGAUUAACAGAUAUAUUUGAGAUUUAGUUUAAUAAAAUAUUGGUAGUUCCAUUUCAAGUAAUUAUGUAUAAAGAGGUGUAGUAAGCGAAACAUCACUUAGAUUAAUGUAAAAGUGUUCUGGAAAAUGUAUCUCAAUAUUUUUCCUUUAAAUAUUCUGGGACUGACGGUUGUGUGUCGAUGUAAUCAAAUGCAUUAUCUAAAACCUUUCGAAUGUGGUCAUUAAACUUGUCAAACAAUCAAACUUAAUAGAUUGAAUAUUUUAGAGAAUAAAACCCAUUUCUAUAUGAACGCCUA